CGGAACGUUCAUCGCGUGUGACCGCGACUCCGCCCGCACCGACUACCGGGAAUUGUAGUUCUCCAACCCAUCCCGCCCUUUGCAACCUGACACGAGCGGGCAUAAACUACAAUUCCCGGCGCGCCUUGCCACCCGCCACCAAGCAAUGGCAGACAUGGCGGAGGCAGCGGCAGCGGCAGCGGCGGGCAAACCUCUGCUGGUGAGAUCAACGAGUGUCAACCUCUUCACCGACUGCGUCCAGCAAGGAGUGCAGCAACUGCUACCGCUAAAGUUCGACAAGAACAUUAAACAGGCGUUUUAUAACACGGGCGCGCUGAUAUUUGUGGCCAUCUCUUGCGGUGCAGCAGUGCUGGUUUACUUUAUCCUGGAGGCGUUUCUGCGUCCGUUGCUCUGGGCCGUACUCUGUGGCACCUUCCUUCAUCCUUUCAAGACCACCCUCACUAGCCUGGUGAGAAAGUGGCUGAAUGGCCUCGAGGUUUCCCGCACGCCCAUCGUUUUAGGGACCCUCAUGUUGCCUAUUUCCUUCGUCAACCGAGGGGUGGAAGCGUUAGGCAAUCAAGUGUUGUUGAACCGCAAGAUACUGCUCCUGUUGGCAACCGGCGCGCCUAGUCUCUAUCUCCUGUACUGCUUCAGCAGCUGGGUCGGAUUGCAGUUGCUGCUCACCAACACCGGACGGCUGAUCUCAUUGGGACUGGAGUAUUUUAAUACCUUGUGGGUCUGGACUCUUGUGGUUGGAUAUGUAUUGGCAGUUUCAUUUAAGUGGAAUACGAAAACCGAACGUUUUCUCAAAACAAUCUCUGUUCCAGUUUGGAUAGUGCUUCUUUUUUACUUGGCAUCAAUUGCUGGAGCUUGGCGAAUUCCAGUUUUUGUGGUGAUUGUCAUCCUACUGGUAAUGGGGGCAUUUCAGGAAGGGACAGGAAAUGGCAUUGGUUUUGAGCUGUUUGGUCGGAUGUUUCAAAUUGUUACAAGUACCAUCAAUAUGACAGUAUCCAUGACAGGAUUCUCGUCUCAAGAGGACCAUCCAGCAAAAGUAUCAGGGUCUGUUGAAUCUAGAGACUUGGGCUCUUCUUCCUCCACAUCUUCAACUAUGUACACUCCAUUAGAAAUACCAAGACCUGGAACUGUGUCAUUUGCAAAAAAGAACAAAACAAGUGCCAUCUAUUUUGUGAUGCUUGUUUGGGCAAUUGGUGUUGUGCAGAUCUGGCUGAAUCUUUGGAUAUUGGAGCUGCUCCCGGUACCGGUUGCUGUUUGGGGGCUUAAGAAAUUGAUCCUACAUUUUGGAUUGAUUAACUUUGCGGAGAGACACAUUAAUAGUUAUUGGAAGAUUCUGUCAUCCUUUGCUAAAGACAGACAAGAUGCUCUUGCUCCAGGACCUAUACGAGGACUUGGAAGAAUUGUUCUAAAAGCUGAUAGUAAGCUGUGGCAUUGGCUUAAUAAGCAGAUUCUUUUUUGCCUCGAGAAAUCAUUGGAUAAACUGAUCAGCAUUUUUAUCAUCUUUUUACUGGUUAUGGGAACAUUACUCUUGGCUCUACUCUUAACUGCAAAGGUUCAUGAAGAAAGUGUUCACAUGAUCAAAGUCACCAGCAAUCUGAUAAAUGAGACUGUUGCUAACCAUCCAGAAUGGGCAAACUGGCUACCUGAGGCCCAGGUGAUACAGAAGGCACUAAAUUCUGCCGCUAACAAUGUGUACCAGUAUGGGAGAGAGUGGAUAACACACAAGCUUCAUAAGAUGUUAGGAGACAAGAUGAACAACACCACAAUUAUAGAGAAGCAAGUCUUAGAGCUUUGGGAUAGGUUAUAUCAAAAUUGGUUUGUAAAGAACGUAACUCAUUCUGGAAGACAUAAAGGGCACAAAUUCAUGAUCAAUCGGCAGAAUAGUUGGCUGGGAGACAUGUUAGACUGGCAGGACGUUGUCUCCUUUAUUCAUGAGAACAUUGAGACCUUUCUUUCUAUAUUGGAGUCUCUCUGGAUUGUGAUGAGUCGAAAUGUGAGUUUAUUGUUCACAACUGCCACCACAUUGCUGACGGUUCUGUUUCACAGUGGCACAGCACUUCUCAACUUCAUUCUUUCUUUGGUCAUUUUCUUGACCACACUCUUCUAUCUCAUAAGUUCAAAUGAUGAAUGCUACAAACCAGUGAAAUGGGUAAUUGGUCUGACACCACUUUCCCAGGCAGGCCCUUCCUCCAACAUCGUGGGGCAGUCUGUUGAAGAAGCUAUACGUGGUGUGUUUGAUGCUUCCCUCAAGAUGGCUGCCUUUUAUGGGCUUUACACUUGGUUGACUCAUACUGUAUUUGGAAUCAAUAUUGUCUUCAUUCCAUCAGCACUCGCGGCUACUCUUGGGGCAGUCCCGUUUCUGGGAACUUAUUGGGCUGCAAUGCCUGCAGUGAUAGAUCUCUGGCUGACACAAGGGGAGAACCUAAUGGCCAUCCUGCUCCUCGUUUGCCAUUUGCUGCCAACCUACUUUGUGGACACAGCCAUUUAUUCUGAUAUUUCUGGGGGUGGUCAUCCAUAUCUCACUGGCUUGGCAGUAGCAGGGGGAGCUUACUACCUUGGCCUAGAAGGUGCAAUCAUUGGACCUAUACUGUUGUGCAUCCUUGUAGUUGCCUCCAACAUAUACACUGCUAUGUUGAUGAGUCCUUCAACUGGCUUACCAACUCCUUCCCAGACUCCUUGGCCAUUGCAAAUACAUCGGCCUUUUGCUGAUAGUACUGAGGAAGUUAAGCCUGCCACUGAGUAACCGAUUGUGUUUCUUUAUUACGGAGAGGAGCGUGGGCUCGUCUAUCUAUCGCUUUCCUGCACUGAGAUCACACAGUUGUGGCCUUCCUAUGCGCUCCAAAGAUGAAUAUCGCAUUAGCUCCAAUAUACAGAACAAUGUAUUAUUCACACUUAGGUGGGCAUAAGGAAUUUACCUUUCCAUUACUUUGCACAUGAAUGUAACUUGCAAGGAUGCAGUCCAGAGUUAAAGUUUGGAACUCCUGAACUUAAGUUUUCACCCAAACAAUUAACCGUUGCAGUUCUCUUGCUAGUUUUGAUAUCAAGAAAGGUUGAAAUGCUAUUUUAUUUUAUCUUUUAAUACUUUCUAAGGGCUUGUUGCAAUUGCUCACAAUCUUUAGUGAUUUUAAAAAUAGAAUAUUAUACAGGAUGCUAAUGUAUUGUAAACAUAGUGUACUAGUUUGUUUAGUUUCUUCCAUAAAUGUUUAUAAAGGCUUCAUGUAUUGGCAGGUAGCCUGAUUUUGCCUUGAAACUAUGUAGCUAAUACCCUUCUCCUUCAAAAAAUGAACUACCAACAUUUAUGUGUUAGAGGAACGCUUGAAUAAUGGACAAUUGAGUAUGAUGUUUACUCAAUCAUUCUCUUUUGAGAUAUUUUGAAUGAAUUCCCUUAAAUAUCCACUCCUAGGUUGGAUGCUUCCUGUUGUUCUGAGAUUAUGUUGUGCUUCAGUUCAAGCUAAGAUUAUCUAAUUUGCAUUAUUAUGUAAUUGUAAAUUUAAGUGAGUGGGAUGGUAUAAGUAAUGGUGGUAACUAAGAUGCACAGAAGAAAGAGACGGUAAUAUUGUGGUAUUUUGGCUGCACUUUGAGAUUGGCAUUAUAGAUGGGAUUUGCCCUUGUGCUUUUGCUGUACACUCCAUGGCACAACUUGAACGGCCAGGUUCAAUGUUGACUACUGUCUGUCUCUGUGAUCAUGUGGACUUGUAUGUUAAUUUGCCACUAAAUUGCCCCAUGUGAGAAAAUGAGCGGUAGAAUCUUCAGUAAAUGGAUGAUUAAUGGUUGGUUGGUUGGCAGACUGACCUCAAUAGCGCCAGAAAUUACAACCGAUCAAUGGAGGGAUAAGGAACAGAAUAUAUAUCUGCUACCCUCUUCAAAUAUUUGUCAGUGUACAUUGAUUUAAAUAUUUAUAGCUUUAAAGUUUGAAUUCACAUUUCCUUGAAUUUGGAAAAGAGCCAACAAAUAUAUUCUAGCCAGCUAAAUAGGAUAAUAAUGGGUGUGAAUGCUUAUUCAUUUCAAUUGCAAUUCCAGCACUUCAGUGGAGGUGCAGAUGAUAAAAUAUGCACUGACAUGAGUUUCAUUUUCAAGAGACUAAAUUUGAGGCUAUUGAAUGGGAGGAGAUAAAAUUAACCAGCAAAAAAAAGCAAAAUAUAUUUAUAAAUGGUUAGUUAAAUGUUACAACGGUAUGCAGACUAUUGCCAGUUUUUUUGCCUGUAAAGUUUUAAUCCUGAGGGAAUAAAAAUAGGACAAUGUUUAGCUGAGAAUCUGAUUAUUCUGAUAUCAAUUAAAUUAAUAAAUGUUGACAUCUUACAGGGUACUUAAUGGUUACAAGCUGUAUUGAGAAAAUUACACAGAACUGUAUAUUUAUGAAACGGGAAAAAAAUAAUUUUAGAUAUGUUAGUCACUUAUUUUCUGUUUGCUUUUAUAACCCUAGUUAUGCAUAAAAUCUACAGGGUUCUUUUUUUUGGUAAUUUCAAUCACUAUCAACUGCUUCUAAAAUGCUGUAGUUAGGAUACAGGCAAAUAAACUCAUUUAUACUGGCGAUUUUAUUGAUUACCAAAUGGUUCCAACUUCUAAUGAAGACUUGUAUGGUAUGCAAUCUGUCAAGAAAAAGUACUUGGAAACUUUUGAAUGUUUUCAUUCAGGUAAAUUGUCAUAUCUGUUUACAGAUUUCCUCGUGCAAACUAAAUACAACUACAUACAAAAUAAAAUAAAAGCUGUAAAUGGAUCCUUGUUGAGGAAUUCCAUGAGUGCAAAAUAUCAACUCAAAUGUGUAUCGAUGCUGAUUUUUGCUUGGUCCAAACCUGUGGAAUGUAUUUGUUGUAAAAUUUAGAGUACAGAUUUUGCAUUGUUUUAAUGCCCUUAAACAUUAUUAUACAGAAAACAAACCUGUUGUUCAAUUAUCUUAUUUGCCAACUUGACUAUCUGAAACCUGUCUAACUGAAUAGAUAUAAAAAUAAAACAUAAAUGUAAUUUUUUAAGUUUGAGUAUAUUUAAGUGGCUUGGACAGUAUUUUUGAAGGACCUUUAUAAUCUUUGGAAAGAAAUGCUGGAAAGAGUAAUUCAGGGGUUCAGGCAGCAUCCCUGGAGAACGUAUAUAGUGAUGUUUCAGGAUGAGACCCUUCUUCAGUCGACCCGAAACAACACAUUGCAUGUUCUCCAGGGAUACUGCUUAACCCGUUGAGUUUCCCUAACAUUUCCUUGGUAAACCAGCAUCAGCAUUUCCUUGUUACUACUUUAUAAUCUCUGCAAUACUUUGACACUGUUUUGAGGUGAUAGACAGGGCUGAGUGACGCAUCCAUUUUUUCAUGAUAAUCACAGAAUUUCCUAACCUAAUAUGCAGUGAGAGAAUCAACAUUGGAAUGACUUUGGGAAAUUGAAGAUGACUUGUUAGUUUUAAAGUUAGUUUCCAGCCUGGGAGAAGAGCAGUGAUGAGACCGUUUAAAAACAGAGUUGCUGAGAUGGUCAGUUUCCAGCCCAGAAGUAGAAAAGAGCAGGGGCAGGACAAUGUUAAAAAGAACCAUUGUUUGGCUCACUGAACAGCACCGCAGUAAAUAAGAAACAAGGGCACAGUGGAGCUACCAUGUGGGAGAGGUUGUGUGUUGAGUUGUAGGGUAAGUGCUGAGGCUUCUGUAAGAAGGCUGAGGGUGAAAUACGGUGUUUUUUUCCCCACAAGUUCUUUGAAUGGUAGUGCUGUGGUAAUCACAGCUGGGGAAUCCUGAAAACUAUUGAUUUUUCUGGAGCAUGAGGGACUGAGGAGAUACCGUAUAGAAGUAUAUAAAAUAAACAGUCAGAAUAUUUUUCCCAGAGUGGAAAUAUCAAAGUCUGGAGGGCAUAGCUUCAAGGUGAGAGGGGUAAAGUUUAACGGAAAUAUGCGGGACGAGAUUUUUUGUGUACCUGGAACACACUGCUAGGAAUGGUGAUGAAGGCAAAUACGACAUUGGCAUUUAAGAGGCUUUUAGAUAGCACAUUGAUUUGUAGGAUAUGGAUCACGUCAGGCAGAGGAGAUUAGUUUAACUUAUGCCUACAACGUUCAAGCCGAACAUGAUGCCAAGAGCCUGGUCCCAUGCUGUACUGUUUGAUAUUCUAUAUUCAUUUUCAAGUUAUAAAUGGAAUAAAUACCAACCUUGUCAGUACAAUUCAUGCCAUCAUUUUUUAGUCAAAGCUUUGCACUUUUCAAACACAAUUCCAAUCAUUUACAUGCUUUUUAUUAAAUAUUGUAGUUUAACUGGCACAUUUGUUCUUGCCUUGUGCUAACAAUCUUUUAUUUUAGCAAGUAAUGGAAUUACUUGACAUUAUGAUAAAUUGUUUUGAUGAACCCCGGCUUUUAGAGACUGGUAUUAAUCCUGAAACAAGACAACCAGACUAUUUUGUGAAAAGGCUGGUGCUGGAAAAUAUCCAAAGCAGCAAUUCACAGUUAACCUGAUGAAUUAUUUUCCAUUUUAAUAAUUUAAGUUUCAGAAACAAUUUUAACAAUUAUGACAUUGCCUUUAGGAUGUUUUGUCCAAUACCUUAAUUUGGUAUUGUGGCAUAGGAAUACAUUGGCCUUGAAAUGCAAACAUAUUCAUAUCGCCUCUGUAAGGCGCUAUAGGUGCAUCAAAUCCAGGACAAAUAGACUCAGAAAUAGUUGCUUUCCGAGAAUUAUAACUACUAUUAAUUCAAAUUCACACAUGCACUGACUUCACUGCCCAACACCCGGACUUCCAUCUGUAUAUAUGUAUAUAUGUAUGUAGCGCCGCAGAAAUUGUGCACCU